AUGGCUGUCUUCUUUGGUUGGCCUCUCCGACAGUUAGACGUCAAGAAUGCCUUUUUGCAUGGUGUUCUUAAUGAGACAGUUUUCAUGACUCAACCUCCUGGCUUUGUGGAUCCUCAUUGUCCUAAUCAUGUUUGUCGUCUUCACAAAGCCAUUUAUGGCCUUAAACAAGCACCCCGUGCUUGGUUUCACCGGUUUAGCUCAUUUAUCAUUCAAUAUGGCUUCACUCAGAGUCGAGCCGAUCAAUCCAUGUUUGUGUAUCGCCACUCCUCUCAUAUUAUGGUUCUUCUGUUAUAUGUUGAUGACAUAGUCCUCACCGGGAACACCCAGUCCAUGCUCUCAUCCUUCAUAUCCACUUUGGGCACUAAGUUUGAGAUUAAGGAUUUAGGCCCUCUCCACUAUUUCUUGGGUCUUGAAGUGAAUUCUAUCCAAUCUGGUAUACAUCUCUCUCAAACCAAAUAUAGUCUUGAUCUGUUGCAACGUAAUUCUAUGGUUGAAUGCAAACCGUGCAGCACCCCUAUUCAUUCCAAGGCACAACUUUCCUCCUUGGAUGGUGAGCCGUUAUCCGAUCCUACUGAGUUUCAUCGCUUGGUUGGUUCUCUUCAAUACCUCACACUUACUCGCCCCGACAUUUCCUUUGCAGUUCAACAUGUUGCACAAUUCAUGAGUAUCCCUCGCACUUCUCACCUUACUGCUGCUAAGCGCAUUUUGCGCUAUCUCAAAGGCACCUUACAACUUGGCCUUGAGUUUCGAUCCUCUUCUAGUCCUCUUGCACUCCAUGCCUACUCUGAUGCUGAUUGGGCUGGGUGUCCUGACACUAGGCGUUCUACUUCAGGUUAUUGUAUUUUCCUCGGUCCAAAUCUCAUUUCUUGGAGUGCCAAGAAACAGCCUACUGUUUCUCGAUCUAGUGCUGAGUCUGAAUACCGUUCUCUAGCUGGGGUUAGUGCAGAGACAGUUUGGAUUUCAAAUCUGCUUCAUGAACUACAUGUACCAGCUUCCAGGCCAAUUACACUCUACUGUGAUAAUCUUAGUGCUACCUAUAUGGCCUCAAAUCCGGUGUUUCAUGCUCGCACCAAACAUAUUGAAUUGGACUAUCACUUUGUUCGUGAGCUUGUUCUUUCCGGCAGCCAUCGUGUUCAGUUUGUCCCAUCUAUUGAUCAAACUGCAGAUCUCUUCACCAAAGGCCUUCUCAAGCAACGCUUUCAGCUCCUUCGUUCCAAACUCGUCUAUCAAAGACCGCCGAGUUUGCGGGGGAAUGUUAAAGAAUUGUAA